UUUCCUCGUACACUGAGGAGAACAGAGGCAGUACAGUCAGUGCUGCCGGGUGGGCAGACACACAGAGCUGCAGAGGCUGCUGCUAUUCAGCCCAUUUCACCAUGACACGGAGACAUCGGAACUAAUUCUCUCUCACUAGUGGAAAAGACUCCCGUGGAGCAGGGCAAGACUUCCCCCGUGGAAUAUAUGGAUACCAGUGAGGAUCUUGUUCUUCUUUAUGGUUUAGCUGGGAAUGAGGAGUGAGCACAAUGAUAGUCACACAAAUUGAAGCCAAGGAGGCCUGUGACUGGCUGCGAGCUGCAGGAUUUCCGCAGUAUGCACAGUUAUAUGAAGAUUUGCAGUUCCCGAUAGACAUAGAAAUUGUAAAGAAUGAUCAUGAAUUCCUUGAUCGAGAUGCGAUGGAAUCGCUGUUCAGACGUCUGAACACAUUGAACAAAUGUGCAACAAUGAAAGUGGAAAUAAGCCGUCAGCGCAAAAGGAGUGAUGAGUCGGAAGAAGAUGAACCUUGUGCCAUCAGCAACAAAUGGUCUUAUCAGAGGCAAAGCCAACGCUGGUCCCGAAUGGAAGAUUUUGAUUGUUAUUCACGUGAGGAAGCCUCUAGCAUUUGUGUACCAGUGACAAAGGGUCCAAUAGUGGAUUCUGCAGGUCAGGGAGAAAGACAUGAUGCUUCUUCAGUGCACAGCUCCAGCAGUGGUGAGAGUGACUGCUUCCCCAAAACAUACGAGGAACUGGAGACUAGUCGAAGCUCUUCAAGGUGCUCUUCUGUGAAACUCGCUUCUCCAGAUUCUACUUUCAGUGGCUCCCCCUCUCCCAGUGACAUGCUAAACAUUAUUAGCGAGGAAAAGUUGAUAGAAAAGCCGCAUAGUAAGAAAGGUAGUUUGCUUAGGAAAAUGGAAAAGCUUCGGCUGAGAAGUUCCACUGUAAAGAGGAAUCUGCAUCCAAAAGAUAGACCGAUUAUCAGUGGUCCAGUUCUGCUUGAUGGCCCUGAUGAUGACAAAUUGCGCAGUCUCAACUGUGUUAAUAUUUCAGAUCUUGCAGAUACUCAAAGUAAGACGGCCUUUUCUAGCUCUUCGCAAACAUGCAGCAGUAGUAGUCCAUCUGAGAACAGCAGUACUGUGAGUACUCCCAGCCCGGUUAUUAGAGUUAGAAGCCAUAUGAAGAGAGGUGGAAUGUAUGCAGAGGACUUUGACCCCACCAAACUCUCCUUGUGGAGUGAUCUAUCUGAACAAAACUUAAGAAAUGGGAAACAUUUGAAUGAAGAUCAGGUGUUUCAAAUACCACAAGGCCACAAACCUGGGACGUUUCCUAAAGCACUUACAAACACGAUCUUGUCACCUAUAGACAACACCUCUGUAAAUUGGAGAACUGGAAGUUUUCAUGGCUGCAAUCGAAACAGGAUGAGAUCUAAUAGUUCCAAAGACAGUGAUGCACCUCCAAGUCCGCUUUCAUUUGUGGACAAUCGAUUAAGCAUCUAUGAUAAUGUGCCAAAUUUUCAUAAGCUUGGAUCCCUUAAUGAUGAUGAUGUAUUUUCAGAACUAGAUAAUGUAAUGGAGCAUGUUAAUGGACUUCGAAAACUAGUCAGUGCAUGGUCUGAAAAGUUGUCUGAUGACGGGGACUCUGACUUUACCAACGACUGCACCUCAUCCUGUCCAUCCUUCCCAAAAACCAUUCACAUUGAUGUAAAUGAGCAUUUAGAUGACCAGUCAAGAUCAAUAGACCGUGCAGACACCGACUAUUGUGAAUCUCACACAGAUAGAGACUCUCCAAUUCUGCCAGACAUAACUGUUUCAGAAAUGGAGUCAUCAUUCACAGAAUGUAGCAGACAAAGUCCAGAGCUUGAAAAUCUUUCCUUGCAAAUUGACAGCCAGUCGGCAGCCCACCUAAACAGGAUCCAGAAACUGUCUUUGCUGAAACUCACAGCGUUGAUGGAUAGAUACUCUCCUUCCAGCAAACAGGGAUGGAACUGGACUGUUCCAAAAUUCAUCCGUAAAAUUCGAGCUCCAGAUUAUAAGGAUAAGAUUGUGUUUGGAGUUCCCCUCCUCCUGAAUGUCCAGAGAACAGGCUACCCUAUUCCGAAGAGUAUUCUUCAAGCUAUGGAAUAUUUGCAGAUCCACUUUCUCGAUCAGGUUGGUCUCUUUCGAAAAUCAGGUGUAAAGUCUAGAAUCCAGGCUCUGAGAGAAAUGAAUGAGCUUGAUUCCAGCUUUGUGAAUUAUGAAGGCCAGUCCGCAUUUGAUGUGGCCGAUAUGGUGAAGCAGUAUUUCCGGGAUUUACCUGAACCUAUAUUCACAAGCAAGUUAUGUGAAUCAUUCCUGCACAUUUAUCAGUACCUGCCGAAGGAUCAGCAGUUCUAUGCUGUUCAGGCUGCCAUACUAUUAUUGCCAGAUGAAAAUCGGGAAGCCCUUAAACUGCUGCUCUGCUUCCUCAGAGAUGUGGUGGCUUGUGCCAGCGAGAACCAAAUGACUCCAACCAACAUUGCCGUCUGUCUUGCACCAAGUUUGUUUCAUCUGAAUUCUCUCAGAAGAGAAAGCUCUUCAUCCUCAACUAGGUCAAGUCAGAGAAAAUACAGUCUCGGAAAACCAGACCAGAAAGACUUGAGUGAGAACUUGGCAGCAACUCAAGGCUUGGCUCACAUGAUUGCUGAGUGCAAAAGACUAUUUCAGGUGCCGGAUUAUUGCCGUGAUCUCUGUCCUAGUAUUUGUCGUCUACUGUCCAACUCCCCUGAAGUCACCAUAAACACAUCCACCACCUAUUUGGCAGCACACUGCAAUACCAUCAUCUCUUUGGAAAACUCAAUGCAGAACCUUCUACGUGACGCUAAGGACAAAUACCGCAGCUGGGUGACAAGUGCAGGAUUGGAACAUGUUGAGUUGGCGUACAAGAAGGUAGAGAGUGAUGACUAUCCGAUCCGGUUAUGGAAAGCCUCCACCGAAAUUGAGGCUACGCCACAAAUGGUUCUGCAACAUAUAUUAAGGGAGCAACAUACAUGGGAUCCAAACCUGCACCAGUCAAAAAUCAUAGAGACACUGGAUGAAGAUACUGAGAUCUAUCACUAUUCAACAGAGAGCCUGCCUCCUUUACCUUGCAAGGAGUUCAUAGUUUUAAGGACAUGGAGAACAGACCCACAGACUGGCACCUGCAUUUUGGCAGCUACUUCAAUUGACUGUGAAGACGUUCCAAUCACUGGGAUCCUAGGACAUGUUAUUUUGUGUGAGCACCUCAUAGAAAACAUUGGGACUCAGAAGUGCAAAGUAACUCAUGUCUGUAGGACAGACACAAGGGGACGCACGAGUGAGUGGUAUAAUAAAGUAUUUGGUCACAUAUGUGCUGCUGAGAUACAGAGAAUAAAAGACUCUUUCAACAAGAAGAAAGCAAUUAAGACAUGAUUUGAGCAGCCAUUUUGUUUGGGUGCUGUUAGGUCGUGCACUUCACUCACUUUCUGGAGCAAGAAGAAGGAAAUGCAGAUCAAUAAAGUUUUUAUCUUGGCAGAUAAUGUAGUCAGAUACAAUCUUGCUCCGCUUUUAUACAGAUCAGUUAUGCAUAAAGGAAUUCUAUUUUAUACUAUAUUUUUUUCAUGCAGGAAAGGGUACUUGAAUCUGUUUUAUUAAUUUAUGUACAAACGUAAAAUGUUAUGCGUAGAUCUAGUUAAAGUGUAUUGUAUGUAAAUGAUCACUAUACAAAAACCUAUUUAUAAUUUUUGCAUACAUUUUUUUUUUUUAAGAAUAAAGUUCAGCAAGUGUCUGCACAUCUUGCUUAUUUAGAUAUUUAGCAUAUAUAGAAUAUUAUGCGCACAGAUUUGUAAAUAAUUGAUUUAUAUAUAAUUUGGGAAUUUCAGCUAUACAAACGAAGGAAAAAUAGCUGCUUGGUAACACUCCUAUAAUUAGGGUUUAAAGUGAAGAAUUGUAAAUGUAAUUUAUUUUUCCCAUGACGUCUGCUAGUGAUGGAGAUAGAAGUGCUAUAUACAGUCCACAACUCUAUCAGAAUAACUAAACCUGAUCCCCCAGCAGUAAAAUGAUAUUUUUGGAAUAACGCUGUUUGCGCCCAUUGACCAUUCUUCUCAGGUCUACCUGCUGUUAUCUGGGGUAUUUAACAUUUUUGGGCAAGCAGCGAACAUUCAGGGAAGAUUACUGUGAAACAUGAUAUUCCAACAGUUGAACUAACUGCCUAUAUAUGACAACUGGAGCAGAUGCCACCAGUAUUUCCAUUUCAGACCUGCAUAAUCCUGCCAAAGCCUGUCUGUAUAUAAAUUCUUCUAUAUAUUUUCUUUAUAUGGUGUAUGAUGAUCUGUGUAACUCUGUUAUCCCAAAGGGCACUACUCAGAAUCCAGUGUAUGCUGCUAUGUGGGCAAAUUGUUAGUACACGGUGGAAGAGCCAGGGGAAAGGCACACUGCCAUAUAUUCUGUAGUGUUAGCACUAAGAGUAGUUUAAUGCUGCUGGGGCAGUGUGUUAGCUACUCAAGUGAUUCAAAAGGUGUAGAGUCUCCUUAUAUACAUACAAAAUAGAGAAUUAUUUUUUAUUCUUCCAGGAAUCCUGAAACCCCAAAAACCUGACAAGCCAUAAUAGAGGCAAUUCAGCUGAUACAGCUGGGAGAAAAGCAAAACAGAGCAAGUAACUUUGCACUGUGGUAAAUCCAUGUUGCACUGCAGGUGGUGCAGAUGUAAAAUAUGCAGAGAUUUAGAUUUAAGAGGGGUGUUUCGAUACUCAAUUCUAAAUUGCUGUGUAUAAAGCUGUGCAGUAUUUGUGAGCUACAUGCAAAAGCAGCCAGUAUUUACUAUGCAUGCAAAAAAAUAAAUUUGUUUGCACCCCCAGCAUUGCAGCAUGGUUUGUUGCAGAUACAGUUUUCCAAAGAAUCCGCACCAGUGAGUGUAGUUGCAUGUGGACGUAUGCAUAGGUGGCUUAUAUGUAGAUCAUACUGUAUAUAGAAGGUGAGGAUGGGGUGACCAUAGGUUACAUUUACUUUCCUACAUAUUGCAGUGUCAGGUGGGAUGUAAAUAUGCAUGUUGCAGACAGGAAUCAACUUCGUUAAGCUGAAAGGGAACAUGGGUUUAAUAAAAAAUGCAUUGGAAUUUUUGUUUUUUAAUUGGCAUAUAGUGCAUCUGGAAAGUAUUUACUGCGCCUCACUUUUUUUUAACAUUUUGUUAUUUUACAGUCUUAUUCCAAAAUGGGAUAAAUUAAUUUUUCCCUCAAUUUUACACACAAUACCCCAGAAUGACAACGUGAAAAAAGUUUGAGAUUUUUGCAAAUUUAUUAAAAAUAAAAAAUGAAUAAAUCACAUGUACAUAAGUAUUCACACCUUUGCUCAAUACUUUGUUGAUGCAUCUUUGCCAGCAAAUACAGCCUCAAGUAUAUUUGAAUAUGAUGCCACAAGCUUGGCACACCUAUCUUUGGCCAAUUUCGCCCAUUCCUCUUUGCAGCACUUCUCUAGCUACAUCAGGUUGGAUGGGAAGCGUCUGUGCACAGCCAUUUUCAUCUCUCUAGAGCUGUUCAAUCGGAUUCAAGUCUGGGCCACUCAGUGACAUUCACAGAGUUGUCCUGAAGCCACUCCUUUGAUAUCUCGGCUGUGUGCUUAGAGUCAUUGUCCUGCUGAAAGAUGAACCGACGCCCCAGUCUUUGGUCAAGAGCUCUCUGGAGCAGGUUUUCAUCCAGGAUGUCUUGUACAUUGCUGCAUUCAUCUUUCCCUCUAUGCUGACUAGUCUCCCAGUUCCUGCCGCUGAAAAACAUCCCCACAUCAUGAUGCUGCCACCACCAUGCUUCACUGUAAGGAUGGUAUUGGUCUGGUUAUGAGUGGUGCCUGGUUUCCUCCAAACAUGACGCCUGGCAUUAACGCCAAAGAGUUCAAUCUUUGUCUCAUCAGACCAGAGAAUUUUGUUUCUCAUGGUCUGAGAGUCCUUCAGGUGCAUUUUGGCAAACUCUAGGCGGGCUGCCAUGUGCUUUUUACGAAGGAGUGGCUUCCGUCUGACCACUCUACCAUACAAGCUUGAUUAGUGGAUUGCUGCAGAGAUGGUUGUCCCUCUGGAAGGUUCUCCUCUCUCCACAGAGGAAUACUCUAGCUCUACAGAGUUACCAUCGGGUUCUUGGUCACCUCCCUAACUAGGGCCCUUCUCCCCCGAUCGCUCAGUUUAGACAGCCGGCCAGCUCUAGGAAGAGUCCUGGUGGUUCUGAACUUCUUCCAGUUACGGAUGAUGGAGGCCACUGUGCUCAUUGGGACCUUCAAAGCAGCAGAUAUUUUUCUGUACCCUUCCCCAGAUUUGUGCCUCGAGACAAUUCUGUCUCGGAUGUCUACAGACAAUUCCUUUAACGUCAUGCUUGGUUUGUUCUCAGACAUGCACUGUCAAGUGUGGGACCUUAUAUAGACAGUUGUGUUCCUUUCCAAAUCAUGUCCAUUCAACUGAAUUUACCACAGGUCUACUCCAAUUAAGCUGUAGGAACAUCUCAAGGAUGAUCAGUGAAAACAGGAUGCACCUGAGCUCAAGUUUUUUUUUUAGCUUCAUCGCAAAGGCUGUGAAUAUUUAUGUUCAUCUGAUUUCUUAGUUUAUUAUUUUUUAAUAAAUUUGUGAAAAAUCACAAAACUUUUUUCACAUUGUCAUUAUGGGGUAUUGUGUGUAGAAUUUUGAGGGGAAAAAAAUAAUUUAGUCCAUUUUGGAAGAAGGCUGUAACAUAACAAAAUGUGGAAAAGUGAAGCACUGUGAAUACUUUACGGAUGCACUGUAUAUACAGAUCUUGACUAAAGAAGUGAGGAUAUGGGUAACUUAAUGUCCUCAGAAGGUGGGCAGCCCCGUCAAUGUUCUUGCAUGUGUAACCAGGGAAAAUCGUGUGCUGGACGCUCCCCUGUUCUCGUAUUUCAUCAGUCAUGGCCCAGAAAUGGACAAUGUGCUGCAAAAAAUGGCAAUCUAUUUUGAACUUUGUUAUUAUUGUUCACAUUAUACAGUUGCACAUCCUCAGUUUAUGCUUUCCAAAGGCAAUGUGUCUUUUUUUAUUUUUAAUGAUUUUAUGCAUUGAUUAAUCAUUUUUAUAGAUGCAGAUCUAAACAAUGUCUAUAUAUUUUUAUAAACCAGAUGUAUAUUUUGCACAGGAGAUAUUCAAAGUGCAGAUAUUUUCUGUUCUCUCACAAACUGUUAUGCAUUAUUUUCUAUUUACAAAGGUUGCUUUGCAAUAAGGAAACCUGUAACUUGUUCACUGCUAUAAUGUAACUGACAAUGUACAGUCAAUAAAUGGUACAGCACUUCUAAAA